AUGCCCAUGAGCUCCAAGUGGUGGUCCGACGACCGUCCUCACCGCCAUGCGUACGAGCUCCUUCCCGGCGGCGCAGACUACCCUCCCAAGCCCUACGCUGCCCGCUGGUCCUUCUCAUACCGACGAUGCCUCAGACUCGUUGCGCUUGCGGCGGCCAGCCUGGCUACGAUCGCGAUAGUCGCGAAGUCGUUCCGAGCCUCUCCACCACCACCACCGCUCUAUCCCGAUCCUACCACACUCCCGCCGGAGCUGCUACCGCCACUGUAUGGCAGGUUCCAUGAGCUCGAAAUGCAGCUGCCACAACACCAGCCGGAUUAUCCGCUGGCGGAGGGGAGGAAGUACUUUCAUGUGAACAACACAGUCCUAUUCUCAGGAUGGGGCAACGCUAUGCAAGAGCUCCUUCUACUACACUAUCUGACCUAUCGUUCCGGUCGCUCCUUUGUGUUCGAUAACUACACAUGGAACGAUGAUGGCAGCCAGUGGACCUACAACAACGGGAAGAUUGUUCCCUCCCAGAUACCCCUCUCAGCGCAAAUACAAGGCCCUACGGUUGGCGCACCCAUACCCAGCGAUCCAUACGCCCCUUUGGCAGUAAUACACGAGCACUUCCAAAAGGAGUGCCCGAACCCUACCCUCAUCUCGAACGACGAAGUGAUCGGCCACCUAGGUAGCGAGGCAACCGCCGGCCAGAUCAUCGACGCAUGGGCGGAGAAGCUGCGUUCGAUGGACGAUCCGUGCAUCGAAGUGCCCCGGAGCUCAAAAUCCAUCUUCGACAUCUUCGUCUUCGGCUCCGCCGAACGUCUCCUCGACGUCUGGCCCGAGUUCUCCGCUUCCCCUAUGAUCACCCAGCUUGGCUGGUCGCCCCUGAUCGAGCUCGCCUUCGACACGAAUCGUGAGACGAUCUCGCCCUCCACCCCGCUCGAGCCGCCUCUCUACUCCCGCCCGUUUACAUCCAACGGCGACCGGUACACGCCAUUGCCCGGACUGCUCGCGCUGCACAUCCGGCGGGGCGACUUCGAGGAGCACUGCAAGUCGCUCGCGCACUACAACGCGACGUUCACGGGGUACAACACCUUGUCCGAAUUGUCAGACCGAUUCGACGAGCCCCUACCGGGCGACGAGGACGAGCGCGCGGAGGCGUACCGGCCGCACUGCUUCCCGGAUAUCAGUGAGAUCGUCGCGAAGACGGAGGAGGUGCGCGCGUCGGAGGCGGGCGAGGGCCUCCGCCGCGUGUAUGUGAUGACGAACGGCCCGGCGAAGUGGAUCGACCAGCUGAAGCGGGCGUUGCUGAAGAAGGGCGGGUGGGACGGCGUCGCGAGCAGCCGGGACGUUGCCGUGAACAAGGAGCAGAAGUAUGUCGAGCAGGCGGUGGACAUGCUGAUUGGCCAGCGGGCACAGGUGUUUGUUGGCAACGGCUUCUCGAGUCUGACGGGACAGAUAGUCAUGCUCAGGGCGGCGAAUGGAUUCCCGGUGGACUCGAGUCGAUUCUUCUGA